AUGCUUAAUAUUUGCUCAUUUUGGGAGAUUAAUCCCUUAACUAAUAGAGUUAGAGUCCGCGCGCCGAAAACCAAAGCUGAGCCGUAUCCAGAUUAUGACUCCGAGGAGGAGGAAACAGCCCGCCUGGUUGCAGGAUUAUGCAACAGGAGCAUUCCUUACAGCAAAGAUGGACGAACGAGACAGGCAAGAGGAAGAGCGACAGAAGGAGAUGAGAGCGGCAGCGAAAGCGGCAGUGUCAUUAGCGGCGAAGGGGCGGAGGAUGAAGAAGCCUCGUAUGAGCGCAAACGCACAUCAACAAAACGUAAACGUAAAUUCAACGACGCCUUCAACGAUGAGCAAGAGUAUAGAAACGAUUCCGACUACGAUGAAGAACAACAUGGCGACAAGCGCAGACGGAAAACAGGGCGGCUCCGCGCUGAGCACGAGCGGCAUUCUCGAUCGAUGGACAAAGAGCAUUUCAAGCAAGGUAAAUCAAGCUCGUGGAAAAACGCUGGAAAAAUUGCGGGACGAAAACGUAAACGAUCCCCCACCGACGGCUUUACUAUCACCAGCGAUGAUUAUAGAAGAUUCCGGCGUUCAGUUUAUGACAACUCUAAUAGGCGCAAGGAAUCCCGUAACAGGCGAGCUGAAAGUCCCUCAAGAGUUGAUAGUGACCAAUUAUCCGAGAAUGCCACCGCCCACGACUCCGAAGAUGAUUAUGACAAACAAGAAUCCAUCUCUCGCACACAAGAUUCAAGAGCUGCCAGACGAUACUCGCGAGAGCGAUCAGUUAUUGUCGAGAAUCCGGCGCACAAAUUUAAACGAAGACGGACCGGAGAUUGGGAGUCGCCCGCUGGACGUGUCACUACCGUUAGAAAGGCCGCUUCCAAGUCUGCCCAAUCCAAAUUCUCUGGCAAGCGGGGUCGACCUAAAAACAUUUCAAGAGCCUCAACUCCAGAGAACGUCAAGAGCGUUCACGACGAACCCGACAGCGACGACGCAGUCCUCGAUUCCGCAAGCAACUUUUGGUCCCGAUAA